AUGGCCGAAGAAGGUGAUACUGCUGUUAUCAAUAGUUUGGCUCCUGGCCCAACUCCGGGAGUUUCGUAUCCACUUCAUGUCUCUUACUGUGGACAAUGCUCAAUGCCAUUGGAGUACUGCGAAUAUUCCGGACAGGCUGAAUCAUGCCGGUCAUGGGCUGCAGCGAAUGCUCCGGAAUUGCUUGAAGGUCUCAGUUUGAACGAAGACGGUGAAGGAGAUGAGAAGAAGCAUCAGAAGAGGGGAGGAAAGGGAUCGAAGCCGGCGAAAGAGAAGAAGAAAGGAGUGCAGAAAAUCACUCUUCAAAGAGAACCACGUGGCAAGAAAUCUGUCACUGUUAUCAAGGGUCUCGCAACUUUUGAUAUUGAUCUUAAAGUUGCAUCGAAGCUUUUCGCUCAAAAGUUCGCCUGUGGAAGCUCAGUGACUGGAGCAGACGAGAUUGUGAUUCAAGGCGAUGUCAAGGACGACUUGUUCGACUUCAUUCCCGGAAAGUGGUCGCAGAUCAGCGAUGAUCAUAUUGACGAUCUUGGAGACAAGAAACGUUAG